AUGAGGGGUAGAAGGAUUUGUGGAAACCAGAGGCUGACCUCUUUCCUGGGGGCAGAUCCUCUCACCCUGCAGGGCAGGAUGAUGUGUCCCUGCAAAGCCAAUGGACGCACCAGUGGAUCCUGGCCAUUUGGCUUCAAUGGACAGAUAUCCCUCCUUUUUGACUCUGAGAACAGAAAUUGGACAGUGGUUCAGCCUGCAGGCAGACUGUUAAAAGAGACAUUGGACAAUGACAGAGAUACAACGAUGUUCCUCAUGAAGAUCUCACAUGGAGACUAUAAGAAGUGGCUUGAGCAAUUUUUGGGGCACUGGGAGAAAAUGCUGGAUACAACAGCCAGCCUCCUGCAGACCCCAGAUCCUGAGUGA